UUUUGUUGUCAACAGUCACCCAUAUUCUUUUUAUUCACAGUAUUUAUUUAAUGGUGUUUGGUAGAUUUUGUGUAUUCGUUUAUGGCGCGAAUUGUAUUAUUUUUCAGAAUUAAGUGAUUUAGCAGGUUUAUUUUCAUCAUGCCUGCUGUAUUAAAGCAUAUUGAAGUUGAUAACUUUAAAUCAUACAAAGGAAAACUUAUAAUUGGUCCAUUGAAACCAUUUACAGCUGUGGUGGGACCAAAUGGAUCCGGAAAAUCUAAUUUCAUGGACGCUAUCAGUUUUGUUAUGGGUGAAAAAACAAGUAGUUUACGAGUAAAAAGAUUUAGUGAACUUAUUCAUGGAGCAUCUAUUGGAAUGCCAGUUGCUCGAAGUGCUUCAGUAACAGCUGUAUUUUUACUUGAAGAUGAUAAAGAGAAAAGUUUUAUGCGUUCAGUACAAGGCUCAUCCUCAGAACAUCGAAUAAAUGGAAGUGUUGUAACGAGUCAAACAUAUUUAUCCGAAUUAGAGCAAUUAGGAAUAAAUGUAAAGGCAAAAAAUUUCCUUGUAUUUCAAGGUGCUGUGGAAUCAAUUGCCAUGAAAAAUCCAAAAGAAAGAACCGCAUUGUUUGAAGAGAUUAGUAAUUCCGGAGCUUUAAAAGCUGAAUACGAACGUUUGCGAACAGAAAUGUUGCGAGCUGAAGAAGAAACUCAAUUUUCCUAUCAAAAGAAAAAAGGAAUCGCUGCUGAACGUAAAGAAGCAAAACUUGAAAAGGAGGAAGCUGAAAAAUAUCAACGAUUAAAAGAAGAAUACGGAGAAAAACAAAUAGAAUUGCAACUUUUUCGUUUAUUUCAUAAUGAAAAAGAAAUUGAAAAUUUGGAAGUAACACAAAAAAAGAAACAGCAUGAGGUUGAAAAAAUUGAAAAAAGACGCGAAAAAGCCGAGGAAGUAUUGAAAGAAAAAAAGAAAGAAGCUGGCAAAUUAGGAAGAGAUCUUGCAAAAAUUGAACAAGAUAUACGUGAAAUGGAAGUUGAAAUAACAAAGAAAAGACCAACUUUCAUUAAAGCAAAAGAACGUGUUGCACAUAUGCAAAAAAAAGUUGAAUCCGCUCGUAAAUCUCUUGCUCAAGCAAGAAUUGCUGAUGAAGCGCAUAAAAAAGAUAUAAAUGAAUUACAAGAAGAAUUACGUCAAGUUGAAGAAUCAAAGGCAGCUUAUGAGGCAAGUAUUGCCGGUCAAUCACAAUCACAAGGAAGAGAUGUACAACUUGAAGAUGAACAAGUACGUGAAUAUAAUCGUUUAAAAGAAGAAGCUGGCAAACAAUCGGCAAGAUAUCUUCAAUUACUUGAUUCAAUUAAUCGUGAACAAAAGUCAGAUCAAGAUAAACUCGAUAAUGAAGGCCGAAAGAAAACUGAAAUUGAAAAUAAAAUCAAACAAAAGAGACAUAUGCGAGAUGAGGCAAUGAAACGUGUUGAAAAAUUAGAGGAACACAUAAAAACAUCGGAGGCUGCUUUAGAUGAUCAAAAAAAAUUAAGAACCGAUUUGCAAAGUGAUGUUGGAACAUCAAAAGAUAAAAUUCAAAAUCUUCAACGUGAAUUGGAAAAUAUUUCCGAACAAUUGGGUGAUGCAAAAGUUGAUAAACACGAAGUGUCAAGAACUAAAAAGAAAACUGAAAUUGUUGAGAAUUUUAAGAAACUAUUUCCUGGAGUUUACGAUCGAAUGUAUAAUAUGUGUGAGCCUAUUCACAAACGAUACAAUGUUGCAAUUACGAAAGUUCUUGGAAAAUACAUGGAGGCUAUUGUUGUUGAUACAGAGAAAACAGCUAGACAAUGUAUUCAAUAUUUGAAGGAGCAAUAUCUCGAGCCUGAAACUUUUUUACCUUUAGAUUAUAUCCAGGCGAAACCUCUCAAAGAACGACUAAGAAACAUUCAAGAACCAAGAAAUGUUAAAUUACUUUAUGAUGUGCUUCGUUUUUCGCCAAAAGAUAUUGAUAGAGCUGUACUUUUUGCAACGAAUAAUGCUCUCGUUUGUGAAACUCCUGAAGAUGCUAAUAAAGUCGCUUAUGAAAUGGAUAAGAAAGCACGCUACGAUUGUGUCGCUCUUGAUGGUACGUUUUAUCAAAAAGCCGGUAUUAUUUCUGGUGGUAGUUUAGAUUUGGCAAAAAAAGCAAAAAGAUGGGAUGAAAAACAAAUGGCACAACUCAAAUCGCAAAAGGAACGAUUAACAGAAGAAUUAAGAGAGAUGUUAAAGAAAUCUCGCAAAGAAUCUGAACUUAAUACUGUAGAGUCUCAAAUUCGUGGUUUGGAAACACGUUUGAAAUACAACAAAAGCGAUUUAGUAGCUACUAAAAAACAAAUUGCUGAAUUGGAAACUGAAUUGAAUACUCUACAAAAUGAGAUGGAUAAAUUUGGACCAAAAAUUGCCGAAAUCGAGAAUACAAUGUCUGAAAGAGAUCAGAAGAUACAGAAUGUGAAAGAAAAAAUGAAUAACGUUGAAGAUGAUGUAUUUGCAAGUUUUUGUGAACAAAUUGGCGUUUCAAAUAUUCGUCAAUACGAGGAAAGAGAAUUAAGAUCGCAACAAGAGAGAGCAAAAAAACGAAUGGAAUUUGAGAAUCAAUGUAAUCGAAUUUACAAUCAAUUGGAUUUUGAAAAACAACGCGAUACAGAAAGUAAUGUAUUGAGAUGGGAACGUGCGGUGCAAGACGCUGAAGAUAAAUUAGAAUCGGCAAGGCAGGCAGAAUCAAAUCAAAAGGCAGAAAUAGAAAAUGACGAGACUCAAAUGGAAAAGUUGAAAUCACAACGGACAGCUAAAAAAAUGGAAGUUGAUUCGAAAGAUGAAGAAAUUGGCAAAUGUCGACGUGAAGUUGGUGGAAUUACUAAAGACAUUCAAGCUGCUCAAAAGCAACUUAAUUCAGUGGAAAAUAAAAUUGAGCAAAGAAAAGCGGAAAGACACAAUAUUCUCAUGAAUUGCAAGAUGGAAGACAUUGCAAUUCCAAUGCUUUAUGGAAACAUGGAAGAUAUUGCAGGUGAAACAAUUAAUGAUACAAAUAAUGAUGCGAAUGUUAGUGCACAACAACAAUAUGAGCGGGAAAGUAGAAUUACAAUUGAUUAUUCAUCGCUUUCGGAUAAUUUAAAAGACAUUGAUGAAGACGAUUAUAAGAAGACGUAUGAUAAAUUAAAUAAAGCAAUCAAUGACCUUCAAAAUACAAUUCAACGCAUUCAAGCUCCAAAUAUGAAAGCGAUUCAAAAGUUAUAUUUGGCUAAAGAGAAAUUACAUGAGACAAACGAAGAAUUUGAGCAAUCGCGUAAAAAGGCGAAAAAAGCAAAAACACAAUUUGAAAAAGUUAAGAAAGAACGACAUGAUAGAUUUAUGGCAUGUUUCGAACACGUGGCCAAUGAAAUUGAUCCUAUUUAUAAGAGUUUGGCAAAAAAUCAAUCUGCUCAAGCAUUCUUGGGUCCGGAAAAUCCAGAAGAACCUUAUUUGGAUGGAAUUAAUUAUAAUUGUGUUGCACCUGGUAAACGAUUUCAGCCAAUGUCUAAUCUUUCCGGAGGAGAAAAAACUGUUGCUGCAUUGGCUUUACUAUUUGCAAUUCAUAGUUUUCAACCGGCACCUUUCUUUGUAUUGGAUGAAAUUGAUGCCGCUUUAGAUAAUACAAACAUUGGAAAAGUUGCCAGCUAUAUAAGAGAUAAAACAAGUUCACUUCAAACUAUUGUUAUUUCUCUAAAAGAAGAAUUUUAUUCUCACGCUGAUGCUCUUAUUGGUAUAUGUCCUGAUGUUGGAGAAUGUCUAGAAAGCAAAGUAUUGACACUAGAUUUGACAACAUUUCCUACACAUAUUUAAUUUAUAUGUAUUAAUUUGACAUUUAUUUUGGAAAUCCUAUUUUAGUUUAUGUUUACGAUAAAAAUGACUACGGUAAAGCGCAUUUGUAUGGUAAAAAAAGGAUAUAUUAAACUUUUUUACAUUUUUUUUUAUUUGAAAAA